ACCAGCUUUCGAAUUUCCGCAGCACGACAUUGUCUUUGCUUCUACCUGGGCCUAUCUAGGUACCUGCUUCCGAUUUUAUUUCAAUCAUACAGGCUCGAUUUCGCCCUCGACUCGCAUGGCCGUGCAAGUGCGAGUGCGAUCACCAGCAAGGGUUCGGGUCCACGGCUAGUGGACACUACCUACUCUAUCUCUAUUCUAUCCUCUCAGCUACACACAUACUGGCAACGUCGCAUGCUGACUAGCUGUUGGUUCCAGGCCCUUGUGGCUUUCGCUUGACAAGAUACGCUUGUAUAGCUGUCCUGGGGCACUUAACCAAGUCAACACUCCUUCCUCAGUUAUAGCAUCAACGCAGCUGCUUCGCAGAAACCAACUGGUUCCAUCCAUGAUGGCGACUGUGACAAAAUCCUCCCCCGAGACGACAUAUUCUGUUAGCUGUAUUCCCUGGACUCCAUAUGUCGUCGGUGGAUUUUUGCUCUAUGUCAUGCUCUGUUCUGCUUUGAGGUUCCAUCGUCAGUUUUCUAUGCUUAGGAAGUACAACUUGACUGGUCGGAAGUCAUUGGCUCGCAUGACCAAUGUGGAGGCCCAAGCUAUCAUGUGCCAGCUGGCGGAGCGUGAAUUCCCCAAGAUUUACUACACAAGUGUCCAACCUCUCUAAUUUACGACUACGCAGAUUUGCUUUGUUCAAAACUUACGGCAUUCCGACAAUCUCCGAGCUGCUUUGCGCCACCAAGGAGUUCAGUACUCCAGAAAAUGCUGGAAAGAGGUACGCGGAUACUACAGUUCUCAUCCAAGAAUUUGCUGGCCAUCACCCAAAGUCAGAGCGUGUUAUCAAAGCCAUUGCUCGAAUGAAUUAUAUCCACAGUCAAUACCAGAAGGCUGGCAAGAUUUCAAAUGGGGAUCUGCUCUACACGUUGAGCGUUUUCAUCACAGAGCCUAUCAGUUGGAUCGAGAAGUAUGAAUGGAGAAGCAUGAACGAUUUGGAAGUGUGUGCGAUCGCUACAUUUUGGAAAUCAAUCGGCGAUGCCAUGGGAAUUAAAUAUGUAGGUUAUCUAACCAAGAAGGAAUGGACCGAUGGUCUGGAAUUCUACAUGGACAUCAAAACAUGGGCACACGAUUACGAAAUCAAGUUCAUGGUACCUGCGAAAACAAACAAGACUACUGCUGACGAGUUGAUCCCUCUUCUCUUGUUCUACGUCCCACAUCAGCUCAGAGCAGCUGGUUCUCAUAUGGUUGGGGUCAUGAUGGGUGAACGUCUAAGAGCUGCCAUGAUGCAUCCAACUCCACCACCGACUUACUUCAAAGUUGCUAAUGCUCUAUUCGGACUUCGUCGUUUCGUCCUCCGAUACCUGGCACUCCCACGACCUUAUUUUAUGAGAGUGCGGGAGCUCAGCGACCACCCCGACCUGAAUACCGGACGAUUCCACACUAACAGAUAUGUGGCUUAUCCAUUCUACAGUGAGUAGAUGUACACUGCUCGUAUUGUCCUAUUUCCUGUUUCUCGAUAUUUCCCAGGGAUCAUACGCUCCACUGUUGCAAAAACGUCCACCAUACUGAAGACCGUGCAGAUAAACCGGGCUUUCUUAAUCGCUGGGGCCCAGAAGGACUGUUUGUGUGGAUUUCUGGUGGCGACAGACCCGGCUCAAAGGGCAAUUUGUACCUGCCUGAAGGCUACAAGUUCGAAGAAAUUGGACCGAAGAUCAUGAAGAAUCGAGGACUAGGGGAGACUAGGGCUUGGGAGAAAAAGCUAAUGGUUGAGAGACCAGCUGGCUGCCCUUUUGCAUUCGCCUAAUAACGGUGAGAUGAAGGGGUUGGUAAGAUUUAUUUUAGUCCCUGGCACAAGUCAAAUGAGCGGCUGCCAUAUAUUGGCUGUAUGGCCGACUCCACUCGAGAGUAUUCAACAAAUUCAAAUGCUCCUGCGGUAUCAGCUGAUACACCGUGCACA